GAACCUCCGGGACACACACUAGAACACGUUGGAACUCUCAAGCCACAAGUCUAGAGUCACUCUUUACAAAAGAUUACGGAGUUGCACAACAGACGCCAUGACGGAAACGGUGGCCGAAGACUACAAAUACCCAACUCUGACUCUCUCCAAACAAAGGAAAGAGAAAAAGGAGGAAAAAGACGAGGUCCAAGUCUUGGAGCAGGAAGGCCUAGAAGCCAUCACCAUAAGAAAACGCCAGGACGACGAGGACGCCUCUCUCGAGCUCCAGACCGGAGAGAGAAAGACACUGGUGAGACCUCACGCUCUAGAAGCCCCAGACGUCGUUCAGUUGACGAGUGUCUUGAUGAAUUGGAUAAACGAGGUCUUGGCCGACCGUCGAGUCAUCGUACGUCAUAUUAGAGAUGACCUGUUUGACGGUCAGGUGUUGUCCGAGCUGCUGGAAGAGCUGGCAAGCGUCAAGAUCGAGCAUCAGCCUUAUGUUGGUCUCAGCACGCAGAUGCAGCGGCUGAAACUAAAGGCAGUACUGAAAGAAGUCUCCAAGAUACUAAAAACUGAUAAUCCAAAGUGGUCUGUUGAUUCGAUCCACAGUCGGGAUCCGAUUGCGAUUUUGCAUCUUCUCGUUGCUCUGGCGAGGCAUUUUCAUUGUCCGUAUCCUCUGCCACAUAAUGUUAAGCUGCGUGCUAUUGAGGUGACAAGUGAUACGACUAGAAUCGUACACCGAGAUAUUCUGGAGGAACUAACUGGAGAGGAAGUCAUUCCAGAUGAAGAUGGCGAGUGGCCUUCUACCGAACCGGAUGUGUUCGACACUUUGUUUGACUCGGCGCCAGAAAAGGUCGAGACGGUCAAACAAUCACUCGUCAAUUUUUCGGAUCGUCAUCUCACACCUUUAGAUCUUGGAAUAAAAAAUCUUGAAGAUGACUACCAGGAUGGCACUCGGUUUAUUAUACUUAUGAGUGCUCUGGAGGGAUACUUUGUUCCUAUGUGUUACUAUUACCCAUCUCCGAAGACUACCAAAGAGAUGACAGAGAAUGUGCAACAUGCCAUGAAGUUGAUGAAAGAAGCAGGAUUGAAGAAGACGAAAGCUCAAGCGAAGGAAAUUGUCGAGAAAGAUCCCAAGGCGAUCAUGCGAUUAUUGUACAAUGUUUUUCAUAAGUAUAAGAAUUUAUAGUGUGCUGUCGUUUGUUUGGACAAGAAAAAUGAUGUAGACAUUGAUAUUAGUUGAUUUUUAUCUUGAGACUCUUCGGUAUGUUGGAGGUUACUUUGUGGGGAGGUAAUUGACUGUCAUCAUGGUGGGGAUGACUGAUAAAUUGAAUAAGCGGUUAUAGUCA